UCAACAGUAACGCCAACCACAGAAUUGACUCUUACCACUGAAGACACAACAAAAGAUACAACAAAAACAGCACCUACAACAGCAGAAACAACCAUCUUCACAAGUGUGGUAUUUCCAACUACUACAAUUGCAGAAACAACAAGCACAAAAGAAAGCACAGCUACAACUAUACUGUCAACAAAAAAAACAGCUACAGAACUGAUUAUUACCACUGAACACACAACACAAGCUCCAACAACAGCAGAAUUAUCCAUCUUGACAAGUCCUCUAUUUCCAACCACUACUAUUCAGGAGACAACCAGUAUAGAAGAAAGCAUGACAGCUACAACUUUAGUGUCAACACUAACACCAACUGAAGUUAUUUCGUCCACGGGAUCCACAACAUCUGCAAGGACUAUGGAAACACUCAUAUUAAUAAAUGGUUCAGCUGUGGUUCAAAGCAAAAUGGUCAUCAAUUCUUCCACUCCAGUUCCCAGUGAGAGUUUGGUCCUCAGUGCAAUCCAAAUUCUUCUGGAUGAUCGACUAACAAACCUUACUGACUAUGUUAACCUACUGAACUUUACCUUUGAGGCAAUUUCAGACACCUCAUAUGCGGUCACCUUCACAUUCAACAUCAGUAACCUCAGCAUUCCAGAGAACCCUAAGCUUAGAAAUGACACUUAUGAGCAAGUGGAGGGCAUCAUAAACAAAGCUCUUAACACACUUCUAAAUGAUCCGGGUGCAGAGCUAUUUCAACCGCAGAGCUUUCUUUUCACGAGUUCAAAAAAUCAGGUUUAUGGUAACAUGGACUACUACUUUCAAGAUGGAGAUACAAAAAGACCAGAAGCCUUCCUGAAGGAGCUUGCACCUGUGUCUGGAUUAACACUUGUUCAGGCCAGGAAGGUCUUCAAUUCCUCCUCUCCUGUUCCUAGUGAGAGUUUGGUCCUCAGUGCAAUCCAAAUACUUCUGAGUGAUCGACUGACAAACCUUACUGACUCUGUAAACCUGCUGAACUUUACCUUUGAGGCAAUUUCAGACACCUCGUAUGCAGUCACCUUCACAUUUAACAUCAGUAACACCAGCAUGCCUGAGAAUCCUAAGCUUAGAAAUGAAACUUAUGAGCAAGUGAAGAGCAUCAUAAACAAUGCUCUUAACACACUUCUAAAUGACCCGGAUGCAGAGCUAUUUCAACCGCAAAGCUUUCUUUUCACAAGUUCAAAAAAUCAGGUUUAUGGUAACAUGGACUACUACUUUCAAGAUGGAGAUACAAAAACACCAGCAGCCUUCCUGAAGGAGCUUGCACCUGUGUCUGGGUCAUCACUUGUUCAGGCCAGGAUGGUCUUUAAUUCCUCCUCUUCUGUUCCGAGUGAGAGUUUGGUCCUCAGUGCAAUCCAAAUACUUCUGAGUGAUCGACUAACAAACCUUACUGACUCUGUAAACCUGCUGAACUUUAGCUUUAAGGCAAUUUCAGACACCUCAUAUGCAGUCACCUUCGCAUUCAACAUCAGUAACACCAGCAUGCCUGAGAAUCCUAAGCUUAGAAAUGAGACUUAUGAGCAAGUGGAGAUCAUCAUAAACAAUGCUCUUAACACACUUCUAAAUGACCCGGGUGCAGAGCUAUUUCAACCCCAAAGCUUUUUUUUCAUGUAA